GCUCAGGCUGCAGCAAUGGCGGCUCCCAAGUCAUGGAGGAGGCUACUGUGUUCCCUGUCCUCGCCGGCCAUUGUCGGGGUUUUAACUCGGAUAUCUGACCGGCUGUUUCGGGCUCGGGACAGAAGAAGGGGGUCCUCCGUGCUGCUGCUGGCUCCUCUGCUUGUUGAAACCGACCCAGCUCCUCGCCGCAUCUCCAGGCCCACCGGGUCAGCCGGAGCUCAAGGCACAGAUGGCCUCUGCGCCCACUUCCGGUGGAUGGCGGAGCAAGUACCAGCCUUCCGAGUUCCAGGAAGCAACGUCAAAAUACUGACCUCACCUGAGCAGUUCUACCAGGCCAUGAAGGCACGCAUCAAAACUGCACAGAGGCGUGUGGUGAUGGCCUCCUUGUAUCUGGGAACAGGUCAGCUGGAGCAGGAGCUGGUGGACUGUAUGGAGGAAGCGCUCCAGCAUUCAAAGAAAAACAACUGCUCAGAUCUAAAAAUUUCCUUUUUACUGGACUACACGCGCGGAUCAAGAGGGCAGGUUAACUCCAGGACCAUGCUGCUUCCUCUGUUGCAGCGCUUCCCUUCUCAGAUGCGGGUCUCUCUGUACCACACUCCGGACCUGAGGGGCCUGCUGCGACUUCUGGUCCCGCAGCGCUUCAACGAGACCAUCGGCGUGCAGCACAUCAAAGUUUACCUGACUGACGACAGCAUCAUCAUCAGCGGAGCCAACCUGAGCGACUCGUACUUCACCAACAGACAGGACCGCUACGUGCUUCUGGAGAACUGCAGGGAGGUGGCGGACUUCUUCUCGGACCUGGUGGAGGCCGUGGGGGACGUCUCCCUGCAGCUCCAGCCCGACGACUCGGUCACCAUGCUGGAGGGCAUGGUGCACCCAUACAAAGGAAACCGGCAGGACUUCUCUGCGGUGGCGAGGAAGCGGAUCAUGGAAGUUGUGAACACGGCGCACACGAGGCAGCUGCUGCAGCGCCGCUGCUCAGAGGAGUCAGAGGAUGAGGGGGAGGAGGACACCUGGGUGUUCCCCCUGGUCCAGAUGAAACCUCUCGGUAUCCAGGUGGACGAGCAGGUCACGCAGCGCCUGCUGACAGACGCCGAGCCGGACUCCACUGUGUACCUAACAUCGGGUUACUUCAACCUGACCCGCGCUUACAUGCGGCUGGUGCUCGGGGCCGGAGCCAGCUACCGCAUCCUGACCGCCUCCCCCGAGGUCAACGGGUUCUUCGGGGCCAAAGGCGUCGCCGGUGCCAUCCCGGCUGCUUACAUUCACAUCGCCAGGCAGUUUUACAACCAGGUGUGCCAUCUGGGCCAGGAGGAGAGGGUCCACCUGCACGAGUACCACAGGUCUCAGUGGACGUUUCAUGCUAAAGGACUGUGGUAUUACCUCCAGGGCCAGGAUCGGCCUUGCCUCACUCUAAUUGGUUCCCCUAAUUUUGGUUACCGCUCAGUUCACCGUGACCUGGAGGCCCAGAUCGCCAUAGUAACCGAGAACGAGGAGCUGCAGAGCCAGCUGCAGGAGGUCUGCUCAUUACCCCCCCCCCUCCCUAAAAAGCAUCGCCAUAAACGAUGA